AUGGAGGACAACAAACCAUGGGCUCUGAUCUCAGAGGUGGGCGAACAAGGUUACAUUGAAGAGGUCACGGACAUACUGAAACAACACUUCCAUAUCAUCUGCCACAAAGAAUUCCUUCAAAACCUUCAGUUGCACAGGCCAAAGAUUCAGGCCAUAUUAAUGUGGAAGGGCUUGCCUCUACCGGAGCAUUCGCUGUUCAGUUCGCUUCCCUCGCUGAAGGUGCUCGCCAGCGUAGGAGUGGGCAUUGAACACCUGGAUUUGCCAUACAUCACCAGUCUGGGAGUGAAGGUGACCAACACGCCAGGUGAAGUGACCGAUGCCACUGCAGAUAUUGCGAUGGGUCUGCUUCUGGCAUCGGCACGCAGGAUUGUUGAAGGCCACCAAAUAGCUAUCGACCCGAACAAUGCCUAUUUACUACCAAGGCUGAUGGGAGUUGAAGUCACAGGGUCGACUCUGGGCAUUAUUGGAAUGGGACACAUUGGCAGCAAAAUUGCUCAAAGAGGCAAAGGAUUUGACAUGAAGAUCCUGUAUUACAACAGAAACAGGAGGAGUGUUGAAGAUGAGCAGGCAGUUGGUGCGAGUUACCGGGAGAACAUGGACGACCUGCUUAAAGAGUCUGACUUUGUCAUGCUGGCGGUCACCCUGACCCCUGAAACCACAGGCCUGAUCGGCUACAGAGAGCUGUCCCUCAUGAAACCCACAGCAACUCUGGUCAACAUCAGCAGAGGUCUGGUUGUGGACCAGGAUGCUUUAGUCAAAGCUUUGCAGUCUGGAACAAUUCGUGCGGCGGCAUUAGAUGUGACUUACCCUGAACCAUUACCAAGGGAUCAUCCUCUCCUUGGCCUUCCUAAUGUGCUGAUCACCCCCCACGUUGGCACCAACACUUACACUACAACAAGAAAGAUGGUGCAGAAGCAGGUUGACAAUGCUUUGGCUGUACUGAAUGGCCAAUUUAUUCCUGAUGAAGUCAAACCACAAUGA